UCUUUGCAAUAAAUCUUUUGUUCUUUUAUUCAGAGCUCUGAAGGUACAGGUGACACAGAGUGCAAAGCAGUCUAUGUGUCAAGUCAAACUGGAAGGAGCUGAGAACUCAAAGGAGAAGCAUUUACGCACAGGUCCUACACUCAGCUGGGGCGGAAACAAUCUGCGGCUGCAGGUUUGCCACCGGCGGCAAAAAAAGGGGACACACGCAGCACUGAGGAGGAACUGAGAAUGAAUGACCGAGUUCAAACAAAGUGGACGUGAGUUUCUGUUGGGAAAGCAUCAAGAUCUGCGGCAAACUGUGCAGGAUUGCCUUCAUCUCCAAAAUCCGUGUUGCAGCCGGUUUUUCACCUUAAUCUAUCAACUAAACGUAUGGACUUAUGGAAGUUGCCACCUCUGUAUCUCAUGAAUUUGCGACCACUGCAAAAUGAAAGAGGGAAAAGAAAGAAAGCAACUGUCUGAUUGAUGAGUGGAGUCCUGCUCAAACCCUGGGUGAUUGGCAGGAGGAGGAGAGUCUGACGGAGGAGCAGAGGAAUGUUGGCAGCCAUUUAGUCUGAGCUCAACAACGGAGGAAACAUGGAUUCUUCACAAAAAAAAUGUAAACACAGCAAUGGAGUGAGAUGUCGGAGCUCUGAAGGUGAUGAGGAUGGUUCGGCAACAACAGCAAAAAGAGAUGAAUCACUCAGUUGUGAGCAAUGUGGCAAGACUUUUAUCACAGCAACAAAGCUAAGAAUUCACAAAUGUAUUCACACUGUGGACAAACCAUUCAGCUGUGAUCAGUGUGAAAAGGCUUUUACUACCAAGACUCUGUUAAAAAGCCAUCAACUCAUUCACAGUGGAGUGAAACCAUUCAGCUGUGAUCAGUGUGGAAAGGCUUUUACUAAGAAGAGUCACUUAAAAAGCCAUCAACUCAUUCACAGUGGAGUAAAACCAUUCAGCUGUGAUCAGUGUGGAAAGGCUUUUACGAAGAAGAGUCACUUAAAAAGCCAUCAACUCAUUCACAGUGGAGUUAAACCAUUCAACUGUGAUCAAUGUGGAAAGGCUUUUACUACCAAGACUGUGUUAAAAAGCCAUCAACUCAUUCACAGUGGAGUUAAACCAUUCAGCUGUGAUCAGUGUGGAAAGGCUUUUACUACCAAGACUGUGUUAAAAAGCCAUCAACUCAUUCACAGUGGAGUGAAACCAUUCAGCUGUGAUCAGUGUGGAAAGGCUUUUACUAAGAAGAGUCACUUAAAAAGCCAUCAACUCAUUCACAGUGGAGUUAAGCCAUUCAGCUGUGAUCAGUGUGGAAAGGCUUUUACUGACAAGAGUACGUUAAGAAGUCAUCAACUCAUUCACAGUGGAGUUAAACCAUUCAGCUGUGCUCAGUGUGGAAAGGCUUUUACUGACAAGAGUACGUUAAGAAGUCAUCAACUCAUUCACAGUGGAGUGAAACCAUUCAGCUGUGAUCAGUGUGGAAAGGCUUUUACUCAGAAGAGUGAUCUAGCAAGACAUCAACUCAUUCACAGUGGAGUUAAACCAUUCAGCUGUGAUCAGUGUGGAAAGGCUUUUACUGACAAGAGUAAUCUAACAAGUCAUCAACUCAUGCACAGUGGAGUUAAAUCAUUCAGCUGUGAUCAAUGUGGAAAGGCUUUUACUCACAAGAGUAAUCUGACAAGUCAUCAACUCAUGCACAGUGGAGUUAAAUCAUUCAGCUGUGAUCGAUGUGGAAAGGCUUUUACUCAGAAGAGUAAUCUAGCAAAACAUCAACUGAUUCAUAGUGGCGUUAAACCAUUCAACUGUGAUCUGUGUCGAAAGGCUUUUACUCGGAAGAGUGACUUAAAAAGUCAUCAACUCAUUCACAGUGGAGUUAAACCAUUCAACUGUGAUCAGUGUGUCAAAACCUUUACUCAUCAUGAACAGUUGUUGAUCCAUCAAUGCCCCCAUUCUGGUAGAAAGCGGUACCACUGUGACUCCUGUGAAAAAACUUUCAAGCACCAACAGAGCUUAAAAUGUCACCAACGCAUCCACACUGGACAUGAUGUGUGGAUAUGUGAUCACUGUGGCGAACUAUUUGUACGGUACUCACAGUUAAAAGCUCAUGAAGUGACCCACACUGGGGUGAAACCAUACCUUUGUGACCAGUGUGGGAAGCGCUACAGCUACAUUGGAUACCUCAAAGUUCACCAACGUGUCCACACUGGGGAGACACCAUACAGAUGUGAUGAGUGUAAGAAGACUUUUACAACUCUGGGUUCCCUGAAACAACACCAGCAGAUCCACACCAGAAAGAAAGCAUUCAAUCAGUGUCACAGUGAGAACAGAACAGAUGGACAAAACUCUCAGACUUGUCAGCACUCUGCCAAUGGUGAACAGUGCUGCUUUGACCAGUCUGGACCAACGUCCAACCAACAAGGAACCCUACAACGACACCAGCAUAUGCACACUGGACACAGACUGAACCCCUGCCAAGAAGAUUUCUCCAUGCAGGGUUCAGUAAAAGUUCAUGAAGUCCUCCACAAACUUAGUCCUUGCGAUCCGGCUUCACAAAAUUCAGGUCUAAUUUCUUGUUUAUUGACUUUGUUGCUUCGUUGCAAAAUCCAUUAAGAGGAAAGCUGUCGUUAACAGACGUGACUGUAAAUUAAUUAAAGCAUUCUAAGUGGUUACUCAGUUAAAUGAAUUAUCAGUGGUAGAGGGAUAGAUGUCUGGAUGGAGGUAUCUAUCUAUCUAUCUAUCUAUCUAUCUAUCUAUCUAUCUAUCUAUCUAUCUAUCUAUCUAUCUAUCUAUCUAUCUACAUCAACUAAUCUCUGAUUAUGAUUGAGUUUAAAUAUAAAAACAUCAAGUGUUCUAUGAAAAGUCCCAUCUUUGAAAGCUGACAUGUAGUUUAGAAUCAUUUCUUUGUAAAUUAGCUGCAUCCAGUCAUUACCAUGACAUUGGCAUCAUGGAACCAUGACCACAUAUAUGUGUCUGGAGAUAGUGACAUUUUGUUCACGGCACAUUUUCAUGCUUUGACAGAUACAGUGAAGGAAAAAAGUUUUCAGACACCCAGAAAAUGUUUACACAAUCUUAAAUAUUAUUAUGAAAUAUUUGUUGAAAAGUCUUUUUUGUGUGUUUCUAAGGGUG